CACAGUUUUAUACAUUUCUGCCAAACAUAACCUUAAUUGUAAACAAAAACAAAAUAAGGAAAAAUGAGGUUAAUUUUGUACAAAUUCAAAUAAUAGCCAUGUCUUCAGCGAAGAAACUGAAUUUGUACGAAUAUGACAAGCAGAUUGCAGGUGCGUUCAAGGUGGACUGCGAGGAGUUCUUGGAGGAAUUCGAGAAACUAAAGUCUUUGAGAUUCACGGAUUUUACUAGAGUUUGGCAGCUGAAGAACUUUACAUUCGUCUUUGCUGGACAAAAGUAUGCUUUGUUGCUAAAAGAACUCUGCGAGAACUACUUCUACAUCGUCAAGAAGUUCAUAAUGUCAUCGGGUAGUAUAUUUACGCAAUUAGGUGGAAUUUAUCUCUUAUACGGAUUGUACUAUAAACAGCCAUUAAGGCACUGGGUAAAAAUUCGGUUGACUCUGGAAGAAUACAAGAAAAUCACAGAACUUAUCGAAGAAGUGAAAAGACGAGGGCAGUAUGAAGCUGUAUAUGUAUUUGCCAAGAUGAAAGUGGAUCAAGCGUUUAUCUACACGGCACUCCAAAGACCGCUAGGUCCUGAAGACAGGUUCGUGAAAAGUUACGAAUCGUAUCUGGAUUACGCUUUCAGUUGUUCAAAAAACCAAGACACCUUCAUGAAGUUCAAUGAAAUUGUUCAAGACGGUGAUUUAGUUAAAGAUAUAGAAAAGACGAAUGACGAGUAUCAAGAACUAAUGAAAAAAUACGCAGAAAAGUGUCCCAGUUUAACGCCAUUCACGUCCAACAUCGUGAAAGUUUUGCAAGAAGCUCAUUCUACAUUAGACAAGGCAGAGUCCAGUUCCAAAUAUGAAGUGCCGUCUCCAGAGCUUUCUAAAACGGAGAAAUCCCAGAAAUCCGUCAAAGCAAAGGCGAUGACCAACAAGCAUGCUGUAUACAGAGGUAAAAGGAAAGUGAAAACAGCAAUAGAUAUAGACUUCGGUGAUAGUUUACUUGAUGAUGAUAAUUUUAGUGAAUAAAAUCAAUGAUAACCAGAAUUCAUUUUUGUUUAGAGAAAUUAGAAUUUGGUAUUAUGAUAUAAGGUUGAUGAGGUGU